AUGCAAGAAUCAGAGUUCGAAACCAAUGGCUUGACCAUGAAGCUACUCGGACUGGCGCACUAUUGUGAAGGCAGAAGAGCCGCCGAGAUCCAGGCCGUCAUCGCCAGACUACCUGUCGCAGCUUACAACGAGCGCACCGCUGCGGAGAAUGAGAUCGCGCGUCUUCGUCGGGAGAAUGAAGAGCUCAAAUAUCGACUCUCCACCCGCGACAUUGGCACACCCAGCAGCGUGCAGCGUCGCCCUGCGCAGUUUUCACGCGCUCCGCGUCGUGGUAACACGCCUGUUGAUAGAACCAGCGGCCCUCACAUCAAGGAAGAAGAACGCCUCUCAAUCAGCUCAUCAAGUACCUCGACUAUGGCACGCAAUCCACGCCUGACGCCUCCAGCACAGCACCAACGCGACAUGGUCCCUGCCGAUGCUAAACGCCAGCGUACCGACUCUGCACUAUCGAGCAGACGUCCAGUCUGCACUGGCUGCUUCCAAGUCAACGGCCUCUGCGAUGCCAAGGUCGAGUGUGACGUGUGUCGCGCUCGAGGCUAUGGUUGUGAGUACCGGGAGUGCUGGGAUGGUCUCACGUGCAUCGACCUGGCCUGCACGAGGAUUCAUCCAGAUCAGUGGGAUCCUGUACGGGAGACCGGCCGGAAAGUCAAUCAAAGCAGGAAUGGUGUUGGGAGCUGGCGCUGA